GCGCGCGCGCAGGCGCGGGGCGCGCGCCGGCGGGAUGGCGGCGUCGGGCGCGCGCAUGCGGGGGAGGGAGGAGGGAGGCGGCGGAGGAGCAGCGCUGGCGGGGCCUGGCCGGGCCGGGUCGGCGCGUCUCCUUCUCGGUCCGCACCGGGGGCAGGCGGCGAGCCGGCCGCGGCGGCCGCAGGUGGAUGCCCGCCGCCCGGCAUGGAGCAGGCCUGCGAAGUGAGCCGGCGCAGCUGCCUCGUCCCCUUCGGCACCUCGCUGGCGGCCGCCGAGGCCAAGGGCGUCCCCUUCGGCGAGGGCCGCGGCCCCGAGCCGCCCGCCAUGCAGCUGGCCGCCGCCAAGCCUGUCUACGGCCAGGACCCCUCGUCCUGCUACAUCCCGCUGCGCCGGCUGCAGGACCUGGCCUCCAUGAUCAACGCCGAGUACCUCGGCGGCGCUGCCGACGGCGCUGAGGCCCUGCCCGACCCCGGCUCGCCGCCCCCCCGCCUCCCCGCCGCGCAGGACCCGGCGGCCGGCGCCGACGGAGCCGGCCCGGCGGCCGACGCGCCCCGUGGGGCCCUGGCCUUUCCCCUGCUCCUGCGGGACGGCGGAGAGGAGGCGGCGGAGGAGGAGGAGGAGGACGAGGAGGAGGAGGAGGAGGGCGCCGAGACGCCGGAGGAGGAGGAGGAGGACGAGGAGGAGGAGGAGGCGGCGGCCGAGGCCGGUUCGCGGAGCCGCGGCCGCCCCGGGCCGCAGCAGGGCCCCGCCAGCCCGCCGCCGCCCCGCUUGCAGCCGGCCGAGCCGGUGCCGACGACGGUGCGGGACGGCGAUCCCGGGGAGAAGCCGGAGCCUUCCGCCACCGCCGCGGCGGCGGCCCUGCAGCUCAUCCGAGCCAAGAAGAAACCUACUCCAGUGAAGUAUGAAGUUGGGGAUCUUGUUUGGGCCAAGUUCAACAGACGCCCAUGGUGGCCAUGCACAAUUUGUCAUGACCCAGUGCUGGACUGUCACUCAAAAAUGAAAGUUUCCAAUCGGAGACCGUACCGAGAGUACUAUGUGGAUGCCUUAGGAGAACCUUCAGAGAAAACCUGGGUUGCUGGGAAAGCUAUUGUCCUCUUUGAAGGAAGACAUCAGUUUGAAGAGCUGCCUGUUCUUCGGAGAAGAGGAAAGCAAAAGGAAAAAGGCUACAAACAUAAGGUUCCUCAGAGAUUUAUGGCUAAAUGGGAAGUCAGUGUUGGACAGGCAGAAGACAUUCUUCUCGGGGGGCCAGAGGAUCAAAAGUGCAGCCAGAACUCCAGUGAGCUGGACAGCGAGAAGGAAGUACAGUCGGAAUACUAUGCCAAUGGCCCUGGAGCAGAAAGGGACAGGCAGCUGAACGGCUGCUUUAAAUCCUUGGCGUUUGACUCCAGACACCCGGCCAGUGAAAAAGGAAAAUUGCACAUUAAGCCACAUAUGAAAAAAAGCUCUGACAGCAGAAAAAGGACUAGAGUAAAAAAGAGUGGCGCAAGAGGGGAAGCAUCUAGGGGAGAACUCAAAGAAAAAACGCCAGAGAGCAUAGUUAGAAACAUGAUUGUUGGGGACCUACCAGAUAAACACGCAUCUCAUGAACUUCGCCGGAUUGCCAGCAGCCUAACAGCAUCCAGUAGCACCAGGGAAAACCAUUUGCUUUCCUCCUUUGGAGAAAGACGUUUUGAAAAGACACCUUUGAAACCAGACUAUGAGAAUUGUAAAAGUGAUGCUCUGAAGAACACUCUCCAAGGGGAUUUGUUUUCCAGCGCAUCUUUAGAGAGAGAGAAGAGCUCCCUGGGCAUUUUGUGCAGUUCCAAAUUACAAAUACACUAUUCUGCAUCCGAUGCUGGUAUUGAGAAAAAGCAAACUGAAUCAGAUUCAUCCUCUUCCCUCUCAGACGGUGGGAACAGCGAUGUAGAUACCAUGGACCAAAGUUCAGAGAGAGCCUCUAGUGCUCUUGAAGUUAGUGAUUCUUCAGAUAAAGUGGAGAAGGAAUUUCCUAUGACGUCAAGUGGAAACAUUAAGCUUUCCAUGUAUCUUUCUCAGAAGAGCAACAGAAGGGCCAGGAAGAAGUCAUACAGAGAUCGCAAACCUCUGGGAGGUUCAGUAACCAGCAGACUUGAUGCUGAAUUUGCAGAUGGGGAGCUUGAAGUAGGCUUCUCUGAUGCUGAGAUGUCAUUGACAGCUCUUGAGUGUUCUUCAGAUGUGAGAAAUGACAAUCUUUCCUUAGCAAACAAGCACACUACUCCCCAAAGUGUUUCCAAGGACAGCUCCUGGCCUGCUGUUGCAAAUCAAGCGAUCUUAAAACCGAAAAGCAUGAAACUGCCCCGAACCAGGAGUAUCAAAUGCAAACAUAAAGAAAAAGUUGCUGGGUUGGAGCCUUCCCUUGCAGAAGAGGAGGGUGGUGUGAAUCGCUGCUCUUCUGAUACCAAAGGUUUCUCUGGCCUUCAGAGAGAUUCUCUUCAGAGAAGCGGAAAAGUUGACGGUCAGAAACUGUUAAACAACAUGCAUGAGAAAACCAGGGAUUCUGCCGAAAUAGAAACGGCUGUGGUGAAACACGUCUUGUCAGAGCUGAAGGAACUGUCUUACCGGUCCAUGAAUGAUGAUGCUACUGACUCUACCGCUCCAAAGGCCACAGUACCUUUACUCUUCUCUUCUGCCUCUGGUCACGGUCGUUUGCCUAUUGAGCCAGAUUACAAAUUCAGCACCUUGUUAAUGAUGUUGAAGGAUAUGCAUGACAGUAAGACAAAAGAGCAGCAACUGAUGACUGGUCAAAAUAUAGUCCCGUUUCGAAAUACCAGCACAGCUGAUGGUUCUGGAAGCAAUUCUGCGAGUGAUCUGAAGUCCUUGUCUAUUGUAGGUCCCCCAUAUAAACUAGAAAAAAAUGGAGAUUGUGUCCAGGAAACAGUAAAUCCAAACUCCGCUAUAAGCAACUCCUCAUUUUCACGCAAUCCUCCAACCAAGUUGAUGGGGAUUGGUACUAGUAAAAGGGAGCCUGCGAGUACUGCUGUUUCUGGGACAAACGGCACAAAUUGCGUGCCCAAACGCAACUGUUCAAAAUCUAAGCAGUCAUCAAAGCUUGGAGAUAAAACAGUUUCAAACAGAAAGGACUUAAAACCAGGAGGGCCAAGUAAGUUGCUAAGUCGGUUAUCCAGAGAUUCAGGAGAACGUGCAUUCCGUGUUCACGGUUUGGUUACCAGUCCUCUAGGUAAUGAAGCAGAAGAUACUGAGAGGAAAGAGUCUGUUGAUUUAACAGAACAUUCAACUGAUGAAGACUCUGCCUGUUUAUCUGAUGACAAUUUAGAUCGUAUUGGAAGGAGACCUGAAGCUGGUAGAAAUAUUGAGAGCUGCACUUCUGCUGAAAAUGGGGAGAGUCCAGACUUGGAUUCAGAGGCAAAUAGUGAGAGCUCUCUUGGUGAUGAGUCUAAUGAUAUAAAUCACGUAGCACCCAAAAAGCGGUGGCAGCGUUUUAACCAAAGCAGUGCUAGAUCUAAUAAGCACAUCAGUAGAUCUAGGGAUCAAGGAAACUUGGAGAGUGCCUUUGGCCUGAAUUCUCGUGGCUUUUCACUGAAGGGAAAUGAGUGCUUGGGACGUAGGCAUUCCCCUCAUUCAAAGGUGCUUGAGGGAGACCUGACAGAUCAGGACUGUGAGAAUCACUUAGACUUAGUUGAGAAGCGUUUGAAUGUGUGUGGUAAGCCAAACAACAGUGUGAUGGACUCAGAAACAGAGCUUGGCAACUUUGCUCCCCAGUCUGAAUUCUCUGCACAAGUACAUUCAGAGAGGAAACGCCUUAGAAAGCCAAGUAAACGGCUUCUGGAAUAUGCAGAAGAAUAUGAUCACUUAUUUGCACCCAAGAAAAAAUCAAAGAAAGGCCAGGAGCAAUUGCAAAAGGUGAAUUCUGUGGUGAGGUCUGAAUUUGAAGGAGGUCUUCCUGCACAAUGCAGUCCUGAGAGAGACACCCAGCGGGGACAGAGUUCUUUGGUUUCAACUCCAUCUUCAGCCAAAGAGUCCCCUCCCGUCCUUGAAGCAGAGUGCUCCUUUUCAGAACUAGGAUCCCGUCCCACUGAUCAACUUCUAGAAGGACCAUCAGAUUUUCCAGAGCUGGUGCUGUCUUCCUCGGAUGUUUCUGAAGUUUCUGCUUCUCCAGAUGCAGAUGAGAGAUUCCUGAAAUCGGGAAACUUCGAAAGCAAGCGUCAAAGGAAGCCCACUAAAAAGCUCUUGGAAUCCAAUGAUUUGGACACUGCCUUUAUGCCAAAGAAGGAGGAGUGGACUCCCCCAAAGAAGGGCACUGGCCCUUCGGAGAGUGACAGCUCUGAGCUCUACUCACCAGCCCACUUCUCGGACCUGGGAGAAGCUUCUGAAAAGCUCUCGGAGAAGCAGCGGAAGCGGAAGAGACAGCGCCAUCCCUCUGCCGCAGUUCAUUCCAAGAAGGAGAGAAAUGAGGAGGGGCUGGGGGAGACUCCACACUCUGAGGGGGAGACAUCAGUUCAUGGGACUGCUGCAAGCCCCAAAGAGGGUAAUGAAGAGGGGUCGGAGAACGACCAUGGAGUGCCUUCAUCCAAAAAGAUGCAGGGGGAGCGCGGAGGAGGAGCAGCUCUCAAGGAGAACGUGUGUCAGAUCUGCGAGAAGCCAGGGGAGUUGUUGCUGUGUGAGGCGCAGUGCUGUGGUGCUUUCCACCUGCAGUGCCUUGGGCUCUCCGAGAUGCCAAAGGGCAAAUUCAUCUGCAAUGAGUGUUCCACAGGGGUCCAUACCUGCUUUGUGUGCAAGAGCUGCGGGGAAGAUGUAAAACGGUGCUUGCUGCCCCUCUGUGGGAAGUAUUACCAUGAAGCGUGCAUACAAAAGUAUCCGCCCACAGUCAUGCAGAACAAGGGCUUCCGCUGCUCCUUGCACAUAUGCAUGACUUGUCAUGCUGCUAACCCGGCGAACAUCUCUGCAUCUAAAGGUCGCCUGAUGCGCUGUGUGCGGUGUCCAGUUGCCUACCACUCCAAUGACUUCUGCCUCGCCGCUGGGUCCGUGGUCCUCGCCUCCAACAGCAUCAUCUGCCCCAAUCACUUCACUGCACGGAGGGGCUGCCGCAACCACGAGCACGUCAACGUCAGCUGGUGCUUUGUCUGCUCGGAAGGGGGCAGCCUCUUAUGCUGUGAGUCGUGCCCGGCUGCGUUUCACCGUGAGUGUCUAAACAUUGAGAUGCCGGAGGGAAGCUGGUAUUGUAAUGAUUGCAAGGCAGGCAAAAAGCCACACUACAAGGAAGUAGUCUGGGUGAAAGUUGGGCGUUACAGGUGGUGGCCAGCUGAGAUUUGCCAUCCUAGGACAAUCCCUGUCAACAUCCAGAAAAUGAAACAUGACAUCGGUGAGUUCCCUGUGCUGUUCUUCGGUUCCAAGGAUUACCUGUGGACCCACCAGGCCCGUGUGUUCCCCUACAUGGAAGGUGAUGUCAGCAGCAAAGACAAGAUGGGGAAGGGCGUGGAUGGCAUAUACAAGAAAGCUCUUCAGGAAGCUGCAGUAAGAUUUGAAGAGUUGAAGGCACAGAAAGAACUGAGACAGCUUCAGGAAGACAAAAAGAACGACAAGAAACCUCCUCCCUACAAACACAUCAAGGUGAACCGACCGGUGGGUAAGGUGCAGAUCUUCACUGCAGACCUGUCUGAGAUACCGCGUUGCAACUGCAAACCCACAGAUGAAAACCCAUGCGGCUUAGACUCCGAAUGCAUCAAUCGCAUGUUGCUCUAUGAAUGCCACCCCAUGGUCUGCCCUGCUGGGGAGCGCUGCCAGAACCAGUGCUUCUCUAAGCGGCAGUAUCCCGAGGUACAAAUUUUCCGCACACUGGCACGAGGCUGGGGCUUGCAAGCCAAAACAGACAUCAGAAAGGGUGAAUUUGUUAAUGAGUAUGUUGGGGAGCUAAUUGAUGAAGAGGAGUGCCGAGCCCGAAUCCGCUAUGCUCAGGAGCAUGACAUCACCAAUUUCUACAUGUUGACACUGGAUAAGGAUCGAAUCAUUGAUGCUGGGCCAAAGGGCAAUUACGCUCGAUUCAUGAACCAUUGCUGCCAGCCAAACUGUGAGACUCAGAAAUGGUGUGUGAAUGGUGAUACUCGGGUUGGGCUCUUCGCAAUUGUAAAUAUCAAAGCCGGGACUGAGCUGACUUUCAACUACAAUCUGGAGUGUUUGGGAAAUGGAAAGACCGUUUGUAAAUGUGGUGCCCCAAAUUGCAGUGGCUUCCUAGGAGUUCGGCCAAAGAGCCAACCCACCCUCACCGAGGAAAAGUCCAAGAAGCUAAAGAGACGGCCGCAGAUGAAGCGCAGGUCGCAGGCGGAGGUGAUGAAGGAGCGAGAGGAUGAGUGUUUCAGCUGUGGGGAUGGAGGGCAGCUAGUUUCGUGUAAGAAGCCAGGCUGCCCCAAGGUGUAUCACGCGGACUGCCUCAACCUGACCAAGAGACCUGCAGGAAAGUGGGAGUGCCCGUGGCAUCAGUGUGAUAUGUGCGGUAAGGAAGCAGCUUCCUUCUGCGAGAUGUGUCCCAGGUCUUUCUGCAAGCAGCACCGGGAAGGCAUGCUCUUCAUCUCCAAGCUGGAUGGACGUUUAUGCUGCACGGAGCACGAUCCCUGCGGGCCUAACCCUCUAGAGCCGGGAGAAAUUCGUGAGUAUGUGCCUCCCAUAGAAGCCCUGGCUAAUGGCGAGGACACCCAGCCAGCGGAGCAGCCACCUGCGGACACAGACCUGAGCGUUCAGCCUCUGGACAGCCUACCUCAGUCUGUGGCCCUCAGACUGCAGUCACCAGAAAAGCCCCCCGCCACCCUAGCGCUGAGGCUGCCGCCAUCAGACAAGCCCCCCACCACCCUAGCCCUGAGGUUGCAGCCAUCAAACAAGCCCCCCACCACCCUGGCCCUUAGGCUGCCUCCACCAGACAAACCGCCCGCCACCCUGGCGCUGAGACUGCCACCGUCAAAUAAACCCCCCACCACCUUGUCACUGAGGCUGAAGCCAUCCAACAAACCCCCCACCACCCUCUCGCUCCGGCUGCAGCCUUCGGACAAACCUCCCACCACCCUGUCGCUCUGCCUGCAGCCGUCGGACAGGCCCCAGGCUGCCCUGUCCCUCAGGCUGCAGUCAGAGAAGCAGCCCAUCAUCGUAGCGCUGAGGCCUCAGCAGUCCGACAAACCUCCCACCAACGCGGUGCUGUGGCCACUGGAUGAGUCCUCCAGUGACGCCUCGCAGCCUCAUCUGCCGAGCAAAUCUCCUCCGGGAACUCCACCGUCGUCGGACGAGUCGCUUGUUACUGCUGGUGCCCUGCAGCUCCAGCUGUCGGAUGAGCCUCCUGCCACCCCUGGGGUUUUGGGGUUAUCGGACAAGUCUCUCAUUGACACCAGGACCCAGCAGCCUGAGCUGCUGGAUGAGUUCCCAGCGAAAUGCCUGCAUCCUCAGCUGUCGGACAGAGUCCUCGCCACGGCGGGGACCCUGCAGUCCCAGCCGAUGGACGAGCCUCCUGGGGCCGAUCAGCUUCAGCUGUUGGACAAAGCUUCUGCCCAGAGUCCGCAGCCACAGCCUGUGGAAAAGGCUCCCAGUUCUGUGGUGCCGCAGGUCCCAGCAUCAGAGAUGGCUCCCAGUCCUGGGGUGCUGUGGCCUCUGCCCAUUGAAAAAGUCCCUGGCUCCCCGGUCUCACGGAUCCUGCCCAUGGAGAAGGCUUCUGGAUUGGCUGUGCCACGGCCCCCGCCUACGGAGAAGGCUUCCUUCUCCGGGUCAGUGCGGGUCCCAGCCACAGAGAAGGCUCCCAGCUCUGGGACACCCCGUCCCCUGCCUCCAGAGAAGGCUCCUGCCUCAGUUAUGCCACGGAUCCUGCCCACAGAGAAGGCUCCCAGUUUAGGGACGCUGCGGCCCCUGCCUCUGGAGAAGGCCCCUGGCUCCCGGUCACCUCACAUCCUGCCCAUGGAGAAGGCUCUUGGCUCAGGGGCCCUGCGGAUCCCACUCACGCAGAAGGCACUCGCCCCCGGUGUGCUGCGGCCCCUGCCUCCGGAGAAGGCUGCCGACUCCGGGGCCUUGCGGGUCCUGCCUCCAGAGAAGGCUCUCAGCUCCGUGGUGGUUCGACCUCAGCUCUUGGAGAGGUCUCUCACUCUUACAGCCCCAUGGCCUCAGGCAUCGGACAAGCUGGCUACUGCCGUGGCUCCUCGGCCUCAAGCCUUGGACAAGCCUCCGGCUACGUCGGCUCCGAGGCUGUUGCUGUCGGAGAAGGCGCUGCGGCCCGUCGACCAGAACGCUCAGCCCAAGGAGAGAGGAGCCCCAGCCAUGGAGCUGAGUCCCCAGCAGAAGGAGAGGACCAUGUUAGCUGGCGAGCAAAUCUCUUGGUCUGCUGGGAAGGUGGUGACACAUGUCGGUCAGGUACCUUGGCCUACGGAGAAACUACAGACGCAUGAGCAAACCCACUGGCCCACCGCAAAAGCCCUGACGCCUGCAGAGCAGUCCCCCCGGACAGCAGAGAAACUACCGGAGCCGACCCUCCAGCCCGGCUGGGAAGUGGCCUCAGCCCCCGCAGAGCAAAACCCUUGGACAUCAGAGAGAUUGCGUGCGUUUGAGCAGACCCCUCGGCCAGCCAGGGAAGCGCCGGUGCCCCCGGAGCAGAUGCAGUGGCUUGUAACAAACAUUCAGACAAUUGACCAGAUUACUUGGCUGAGUGGAAAAGCACAGACUCCUCGGGGGCAGGACCCUUUGCCUGAACAAAACACAGCGCUAGCCCGUAACCAGGAUUCUGUCUGUCGUGAGUUGGCCGACUCAGAGCCAAAGUGAGGUUGGUGAAUAUGGGAGGCAGGUUUCAGUCUUUUAAUGUUUAGGGAGGGGGAAUCUUUGUUUUGGUUUUUUUUUUUUUUUAUUCACUUCCCUGAGCCCAGCCCCUAACCCAUGCACAUCCCAUCCAUAUUCUCUCGUGACAUGAGCAAGGACAUUCACUUAAGUCUGAGUGUGGCCCAGUCGAAGGGAGAGAGCAUCCGUGACCUUUUCCUCUUCCUUUUGCAAAUGGUAAAGCUGAAAUAAAGAGUCCACUCUGGGUAAAAAUCUCCAAUUCCAUUGAAAUGGUCACAUUACUGAUCCAGCGUGUUCGAGCUCCAGGUCUGAUUUGUAGGCGGGUUCCCAGGUACAGCUAGGGGCCUCGCUCUUGCUACCGUAUGUAGAGGAAGCAGCUCAGUCAGGCUGCCCGGGGACUGGAGAUGUUCCGGGGGUCAGGCGGUGAGCAGUCAGGUGUACGCCCUUGCUGGACCCUGUGGAAGCAGGGAAAGGGUUUGUCUGUCAUCUGCCCAGGUCUCUGUCCCUGCAGGGUGUUGCUUUGCGAGGUUUGUCCGUACGUUCGCUGGGACGUGCUGUGUGUGUGGUUCACUGACGGACAAGUAUCAUCUCCAGCUGAGCUGGGAGAGGAGCCUGCUGCACGCGCUCGGUGCAGUUUUCUCCAGCAAUAGGUAAUAUCCGUUCAGGCUCCUUUGUACAAAGCUGCGACUGGCCAGGCCCGAGAAACGGGGAAUCUGAAGGAGGUCAGGGAAAAGAGAGAUCUUGGAAGAAGCCAUCUGGCAGUUUUUUACAUUCUUGUGUCUUAAUCCUUUAGCACAGGACACGCGGGGUGUUUCCUGCACUUGAAAACGUGGUGACCUAUAAAGCAGCAAUAGCAGAGCAGGGCUGAGUGGAUUUCCCCAAGGUGCUGAGCACCGCCCUGGCAGGGUGGCGGUGCUCCCUUUCAAAUUUCCAUCCAGUCUCUUCUUGACUUCUGUCGUUACCGUGAGCCAGCAGACUGAGCAGUCUUUUCUCCCCCUGCCUCAGAUGUGUUCAGUACGUGUUCGCACCAUACCUGGUCUUCCCAGCAGCGGGACGCGCUGACGAGCUGCAAGCUGAAGCCUGUACCGCUCGCUGCGCAGCGCGGAGGCGAGGGUGCCGGAGCUGUAUCGGGACCCAUCUCAACACCUUCCCCUUGGGUAGCUUCUGGCUUAACUCUUCUACAACCAAAGGAGACUUGAAUUAACUGGACUGUGUUGGUGUGCGUGUGUGUGUGUGCGCGCGCGUGUGUGUCCUUCCAACUGAAUAGUAGUUCUCACACUGGAACACGGUGGGCUCCAGCAGCUGGCUGGCUUUCUCUUUUCCUCUCCUCCCUUUUCCAGUUAAGGAGACGUUUAGUACCCGGUGGUCGUCAGGCUGGCGUUCAGACUAAGCCUGCUGAAAGCCGUUUACUCAAGUGUUGAGGCAGAAGUUCACUUGGCCAUGGUACUUCUGGGGCAAGCGGUAGAUUCCCAGGGACCUGCAGGAGCGGCGUCUUGUGACCACCGUCACCCUCGCAGGCAGGAGGACGACGGGCGUCCCUGGGCGGCGCUGCCCGGGCUGGAUGGGGUCGGUAUCCUGCCAAGGAAGCGCUGCUGACCAGCACACUCUCCCACUCUCACAACACAUUACCUCUGUGGUUUGCCUGAGCUCCGUCGAUCCGGGUGCCACGGCCUCGGAUCUCCGUGCCCGCCAUCAGACCCUUGCGCAGCUCCAGCGUAUCCUCCUCCUUCCAGGUAGAUCCGCGGGUCCCUCCCCGCAAAGGGAGCAUUCAGCUCCAGGCGGACCCUCUCCCUCUGACGUGGGAGCAGGUCGUUGUUCUCACCUGGCUUGCAAGUGCCUGCUGCUCCCAGAGCAGACGGUCGUGAGCUUUGCAGUUUUUCUAUGAAGGGAGGCAGACACUUGUACUGAGACUAAUCCUGAUCCAUUCUCCUUUCCUCACGUACGCACCCCAAGACGACGUCCUGCUGUAAAGGCCAGGUGUGCUGGGCACGAGGGGACAUUAUCAGUGCUAUGGUGCAUCUCUUCUCUAGUCCGAAUCAUUUCAGAUCCUUUGUAGAAUAGCUAGCGACUUCAAAAAGCUUUAUGGCUUAUGGAAACUUACUGUUUAAUGUUGUUUUUUUCCGGGAAGACUGGCAGGUCAGUUCCUGCUUGCUGCUGAAACUGGGGGAAUGCAAGCAGCUUGUGUUUCUGCGCGACUCCUGCACAAAGGGAAUCAGGACAACUCCUCAGAACCAUUGAGACAGAAAAUAAUCUAAGGGCAUUCAUUAACUUUUUUUAAACAAAAUUUAAAAAAUGGUAAUGAGGUUCAGUAUAUUAAGUAUUUAUCAUGUGUGAGAAGGAAAAUAAAUCGUGAAUUUACAUUUAUAGGCCUUCCCAUGAGCUGGACUUAGUCAUGUAGAUUGUGUAAGUAGGGUUGCCUCCGUGCCAGCCGCCCGGCCAGCUACAGCUGUAACCAGAAAGGUGUCUGCGCUGCUCUGUCCACCUCCGCUUCGCAUUGUCACGUGUUAACUAGUUACUUGUUUCAUGAAAAAUAAACUGUGAAUAUUUUUGGUGCAGGCUUUUUUAAAUCUGUAAAAUGGAGAAGUUCUCAAUGAAUUCUCGUUAAGUGCAGGUUUGAAAAAAUCACUUCUAUAAAUCGUGUGCUCACGUAGUAAGGUGAGGUUCGCGGCAGCAAAAGCCUUUCACACAGCAGGCUUUCACCCAAAAGCUUGUUCUGAACAGUGAGCUUGGAUUGAACCGUUGCAUGGCAUUUUAAACUCACAGCCUUAUUCCUUGCAUCUGAGCGUACCCCACCUCUCUUCUUGUCUCCUUUCAUGCCUUUUCCACAAGGAUCCAGGUUUCUGGCUUGGUAUCUUCCAGCUACGUGCUAGAAAGUGGACUUCAGCAUAGCUGGGAGGCUGCUCAGUAAGGUUGGUGUUUGGAAAUGCCAUUGAAGGAGGAAGCCACCGAGCUGCUCUUCCCUCCUCGCCCUCAUGGGGCUCCUGGGCGAUGCUCUGUCAGAUCGGGAUGGCUUUUCAGACAUGUGUGGGGCUUGCAGAGGGAGUUGUGGGGCCAUUAGGAAUUGGUGGCUGUGCUGGAUCACUUCAAGAAGACAGCAAGGCCUGACCAGGUGUGGAGAUAGGUCCCGGCAGCCCUGCCCUGCCCAGCCUGCCCUCAUCGGCUGUGAGCGGUGGGAAACAGCUACGGACAACACAACCCUCACGAAGGAAAUAGGGGCCUUUUCAGCACUUGAGGAGACUCUGGCUGUUGGUGGCAGCUGGUAGCGCUGCUUUGGAGGAGGAGGAGGAGGAGAUGUCUGUACGGAAGUACUCUGGUUCAUUUUAUGUGAUUGCUGCCUUCAGAGUUCAGCCAGUUUGUAUCGCUUGGGUUUUGCUGUGGCUGAGGCCACAAGUGCUUUUUGACUGUGUUGGAGGGAUCCGAUCACCUGGCCACUAACAGUCUCGGGUCAGGCGUAAUUGCGUCCAAGGUGGGUGAGAGGCGACUCUUGAUGUUGAUCCACUGCUGUAGAGAGUUGUAGAAGCAGAAUCAAGGGUGUAAUUAUUUCUGCUUAGAGCUUUGUCCCUUUCCCUGCUGUCCCAGGGAGGCUCACGGGAACUUCCCAGCAUCAUGAGCCCGUUCCCACUUGUAGGAAUGGCUCCCCCUUCCGAGUUGCAAAGGUGAUGAAGGUUUUGCUCCCGUACAAAUGCUUUGCUGGUCGAGAUCCUUGCCGCCCGCCUGCCCCUGCUCAGCGCGGUGGGCUGGGGUCCCCAGCUGUGGCCUCCGUCCCGCGGCGGGACCUGCUUCAGCGGUGGGUUCCCAGGACGGGCAGGAGAGUCACAGCUGACCUUUGGCGGUGGAGGAGCUUUGGUGAGGGGUAACAGUGUGGUGAGGGUCUGCCUCGGUCAGCUGUACCUCGGCCUGCCUGGCCAGGAGGGGAGUGGGCACUGCCCACCGUCCUGCGUGGCUCAUCCCAUCCGCACCCGCUCGCUGGGCUGGUGCCCGCUGCCAGCCCGGGCUCUGGUGAAUCGAGCAGAAAAGCAACCACCGUAAGGGAUGCUCCCCCGCUGCGCAUCCGCAGAUCCUAACUAGCUCACGGUAGCUUGCUUUAUUGCUGUUCUCGAGUUAAAACUUUUCCUAUUUAACAAAAAAAACCCAACAAACCUGCAAGAACCAGGUUCACUUCCAUGCACAAAGUGUCCGGGUGGUACUGUGGGAGCAUGCGGCGUAAUUCAGGGUUAAACCCCCCACAGGCACAGGCUUCGCUUUGAAGGUGUGGUGGCUGUUGUUAAAAUCCAGGAGGUGAGAGAGGUGGUUGAUUCCGAAGGACAGCAAUGUGCUAAGGCGAGACGAUGCGGAUUGAGGGUGCUAGAAGAGCUUCAGCUCAGUUUCACAAUAAAAAAGGAAGCAAAAGAAAGAAAAAGCAGCAGCCCUAACCCUGAUGUGUCUCAGCAGCAGUUGAACCUGAGCAUGCCGUGGAUGUGUGCUGCUCCCGCCUGGGCGCCGCAGCGUUGCCACAGGGCAGGGGGAGCUUGUUUGAGAGACCUCAGACCUUCAGCACCUUCCGUUUACUUUUAAUUUCAGCCUUAACUUCUGAUUUCGCUUGAUGUUUGGAAUAACCGUAAUUGUAACCUGCUUGUAAUGUGCUUUGCCCUAAAUUACUGAUGAGGCUUUCAGACUUUGCCAGCCAGGGAGUGCUAAAGCAAAGUGGCAAACCUUGCAGCUACUCUGAAAGUACAGGGGAGGCCGGCGAGGGCUUGCGCAGUGUUUGAUCACCCAGGCUUUGUCCGCGCUAAUUACUCUACUCCCCUGUGAUAGUGAUAACGCCGUGGCAGGCUGCGCCUCUCGCAGUGGCACGGCCGGGCUGGUGGGUGCUCGGGGCUCCCAGGGCCUGGGAGACGGGAUGCUGGAGCUCGGGGACCGCUCCGCCGCUUGCCUGGCUUCAGCGGGAGUCUCGCCUGCGGGGUGGCGGUGCCCUCGCUUAGCAGGAGGUGGGAAAAGGUGAAAUUUCUGCUCCGGGUCCUCCAAAAGCGACCUAAGCCAAGUGCGUGAGCUUGGGCUAGGGAAGUGGCGGUGAUGGACAGUCCCUACAGCACUGAAUCUACCUCCUAGGGAAAUCUGAGAAAUGGGUGUUGCUAUGUCCUAUUUCAAGGUAAAAGUUUUAAUCAGUUUGCCCUUGGCAAAGCACUUGGGCUAUUGUGGUGCUAUUGUAAACCGUUUGGCAGCUUAGCACAGUAGGGCUGGACUCACGGCUCCUGGCCCAUGGGCUGGAGGUUUCUUCGCUGGCUGAAUCCCGUCCCCUGAUAGCUGGGGCUGGGCUUCGGCACGUGUGGCAGAAACAGGACGAGGCGUGACUCGGUUCCUUUGAUUUAUGAUGCUUUUGAGACUCAAACCAGUAUGCCAAUGGGCCCUGAGGGCGUAGGGAGCGAGUGGAGCCACGUGAAGCAAGGCAGGCGUCCGCUAACUGCAUGUUCUUUGUGUCCGUUUGGUACUGAGCUGGUUUCAGUUUUUGGGAUUUUUUUUCUCUGAUGUUUCCGCGUUGUUGACUUCAAGGAACUGGGUUUUGUGUAUUUUUUUAGACACUGGGAUCUCAUUAAAAGGAAAAGCAGCAGCACCGGGAGGCUCAAGGUGGAGUGUGGCUGGAGCUGAGGGGGGCCCCGGCCGAGGCGGGUGGGAGGUCAGAUGUGUCGGCAGCGGCAGGCAGGAGCAGGCAGGGAGCAGCUCUCCCUGCCACGGGCAGGAGAGGCCUUUCGGCAGCGGCGCUCCCGGCCCUGCUUAACCAUGGUGCCGAGUUCACCGCCCCGCCAGCCUGCUCGCCUCCCAGACACCCAACGUGUCAGAUACAUGCCUGGCUUCGAACAUUCUCUGCCACCCCCUGGUGCCACGUGCUCUCAGCUGGGGUCCUGGCUGCCGGCCAGGCUGGGGGUCCCGGGGAGCGUGGCCCCGGCUGCCCGCUCCCCCUUCCACACUGCCCGGGGGUGGGGAGGGACGCGCAGGGGACCACCCUGUGUUGUGCUGAAGCCCUCAGCGGGAGGUUUGCUCGGAGGGGAGGGGGGGAAGCCUUGGCAUGAGCAGCCCCAUGCUGCGUUCUGCCCCCCCCGAGGUCUGCUGCCUGUGGGGUGGUGGCGGAGGGGUGUCCCCGCAGGGUCCCCUCCCGCAGGCUCGGCGGGAGUCGGGGCGAGCGCUGUGUGGGGGACGCGUGGGUGCUCGGCCCUGGCCAGGACUCGUCUGUCAGUUCUAAGCAGGGAUGCCGGAACGGGUGAGAGAAACCUACAUAUUUCCAGCAUGUAUAUUAUUUUUAGAAGAGAGAGAGGGGAGAGUCUUGGACCAUUGAUGACUUUCAUUUUGCUCCCCUUAGACUGUUGGCUGUGUAUGUGAAACUUAUAAAGAAAAGAGGGUUGCCCUGCCCAGGUGCUCCCAGAACAUGUACUGUAAUUCUUUGUAUAUAGAAGAAAAAUUACUGUAAAGUAAAGUUUAACUUUACUCUCGA